CUGAUUUCCGACGUAAAUAAACCGUGGAAAAAUGUCAAAGGAAUUAUCGUUUUGGGAAAAAAGUAUAUGUACUGAUAAGUGAAAAAUAGAAACAUUGUCAUUCGAUAAUUAUUUUUCUUACUUUUAUUUAUUCAAUUUAUUAAAUGGUGAAAAAAGAAUAGGAAGAAUAGAGAGGAAAAAUGAUGAGCGACGUCGAUGAAUCGGUAGUUGUCGAUGAAAUUCAACCAGAACUUCGAUCAUCAAAAAGGGAAAAUGAGGAAUUGUCGAUGUCUCAGGAUUUACAAAAGGCAGCCGAGGAACUUACACAGGGGCUUUUGAAUAUUUAUCAACCGCCUCUCGAGCAACUCGAAAAAGAACUCAAGGAACUCACAACGAAACAAGAAACAUUGUUGCAUGAAAUGCAAAAUGAGAAUAAAAAAAUAAACGACGUCGAAGGCGAGCCAAGUAUCAACGAAAUAUUUUCAAUGAUAAACACAUAUCAAACGAAACUUGCUUCACUUAAAUCCGAUAUGGUUUCAAUUCACGAAAGAACAUCGAAGUUAAAGAAUCGAGCUUUGCGACUGCAAAAGACAAAACAGAAGGAAGCAGUUCUCAAGGAGCAAAAACGAGAACAAGAAUUGAGACGUGAACAGGAAUUAAUUGGAAAACCAAAAAUUGAAGAACCAGGUUCGAGUUAAAAGAAUUUUUUUUUACCUAGGGAAAAAGGAAAUCAAACACCAAAAAAAAGUAUUAGAACUUUUGGUUGCAAUUUCAAAUAUUUUUUUAUUUUAUUUCCUAAAAUUUGUUUUUUAAACAACCGAACUUUCCGUUUUUUAUUAAUUUUAUGAAGAAAGUUUCUGAUUUAGAUUAAAAUCAACGUUUUGAAAUGUGUAAGAAUUUUUAUUCUUUAAAAUUAUUUUUUGAACUUUUGAGAAAAAAGCACAAAACUUGCUUCAAGUUGUAAAGAAAAAUGUAGGUGAAUUUAGAAAAUUUUGAGAAAGAUCUUUUCUUUUAAUUUUGAUAUUGAUAAUUAGUAUUGAUAAGUAAUAAUUAAUAAUUACUUUUAAUAAUUAUUAUUAUUUUUUAUUUUCAAA